AUGUUAAGGGGGAAAGGAACCCGUUUUUACGACGGUCCUAUUGGCUUGACUUCAUCGCCGACAGCCACAGAUCGAGGUGAAGGUAAGCAGCACAAAGUAGCACCGAAAAAUGGCAGAUGGGGUUGUGUAUGUCGACGAGGGGCAGUAGUCUGCAUCUCCGACGAGCAAAGGGACCAAGGAUCUUCAGGGGUGUUUCGUUGUGGAGUUGAUGAAAAAAUGGUGGAGGGGAUAACUGCUCUUCGGCAUGCCCUCGAAAGAAUGAGGGAGGAUGAGAGUCAAUUUUCCGGUGGUGAAUCACGAAGGAAACAGAGGCUGCUUUGGCGGCCUCCCUUGGCUUCUUUCCUCCUGUCACUGACAGUUAAACAUGAAGGGGCAGGGGUGUUUGGGUGA